AUGAGAAUGAUCAGUAUGGAGCCUGAGAAUGAUCAGUAUAUGGAGCUUGAGAAUGAUCAAACCUACCGGACCCCAGAACCUGCGGACCCCAGAACCUACCGGACCCCAGAACCUACCGGACCCCAGACCUUCCGGGCCUCAGACCACUGGACCCCAGAACUGGACUCCAGAACCUACCCACCCCAGACCUUCGGGCCUCAGACCACUAGACCCCAGAACCUACCGGACUCCAGAACCUACCGUACCCCAGACCUUCGGGCCUCAGACCACUGGACCCCAGAACCUACCGGACUCCAGAACCUACCAUGCCCCCCAGACCUUCCGGGCCUCCAGACCACUGGACCCCAGAACCUACCGGACUCCAGAACCUACCGUACCCCAGACCUUCGGGCCUCAGACCACUGGACCCCAAGACCUACGGACUCCAGAACCUCCUGCCCCAGACCUUCCGGGCCUCAGACCACUGGACCCCAGAACCUGGACUCCAGAACCCACCGUGCCCCAGACCUUCCGGGCCUCAGACCACUGGACCCCAGAACCUACCGGACUCCAGAACCUACCGUGCCCCAGACCUUCCGGGCCUCAGACCACUGGACCCCCAGAACCUACCGGACUCCGAACCUACCGCACCCCAGACCUUCGGGCCUCAGACCACUGGACCCCAGAACCUACCGGACUCCAGAACCUACCGUACCCCAGACCUUCCGGGCCCCAGACCACAGGACCCCAGAACCUACCGGACUCCAGAACCUACACUACCCCCAGACCUUCCGGGCCUCAGACCACUGGACCCCAGAACCUACCGGACUCCCAGAACCUACCGUACCCCAGACCUUCCGGGCCUCAGACCACUGGACCCCAGAACCUACCGGACUCAGAACCUACCGUGCCCCCAGACCUUCAGGGCCUCAGACCACUGGACCCCAGAACCUACCGGACUCCAGAACCUACCGUACCCCAGACCUUCCGGGCCUCAGACCACUGGACCCCAGAACCUACUGGACCCCAGAACUUCUGGGCCUCAGACCCACCUGGACCCCCAGAACCUACAGGACCCCAGAACUUCUGGGCCUCAGACCACUGGACCCCCAGAACCUACCAGACCCCAGAACCUCCAGACCCCAGAACCUGCAGACCCCAGAACCUACCGGACCCCAGAACCUACGGACCCCAGAACCCUCCAGACCCCAGAACCUACCGGACCCCAGAACCUACCGGACCCCAGAACCUACCGUACCCCCAGACCUUCCGGGCCUCAGACCACUGGACCCCAGAACCUACCGGACUCCAGAACCUGCAUGCCCCAGACCUUCCCGGCCUCAGACCACUGGACCCCAGAACCUACCGGACUCCAGAACCUACCUGACCCCCAGACCUUCCGGGCCUCAGACCACUGGACCCCAGAACCUACCGGACUCCAGAACCUACUGUACCCCAGACCUUCCGGGCCUCAGACCACUGGACCCCAGAACCUACCGGACUCCAGAACCUACCGUACCCCCAGACCUUGGGCCUCAGACCACUGGACCCCCAGAACCUACCGGACUCCAGAACCUACCGUGCCCCAGACCUUCCGGGCCUCAGACCACUGGACCCCAGAACCUACCGGACUCCAGAACCUACCUGCAGACCUUCCGGGCCUCAGACCACUGGACCCCAGAACCUACCGGACUCCAGAACCUCGUACCCCAGACCCCGGGCCUCAGACCACUGGACCCCAGAACCUCCGGACUCCAGAACCUACGUACCCCAGACCUUCCGGGCCUCAGAUCACUGGACCCCAGAACCUCCGGACUCCAGAACCUACCGUACCCCAGACCUUCCGGGCCUCCAGACCACAGGACCCCAGAACCUACGGACUCCAGAACCUACCGUACCCCAGACCUUCCGGGCCUCAGACCACUGGACCCCAGAACCUACCGGACUCCAGAACCUACCGUACCCCAGACCCGGGCCUCAGACCACUGGACCCCAGAACCUACCGGACUCCAGAACCUACCGUACCCAGACCUUCCGGGCCUCCAGACCACUGGACCCCAGAACCUCCGGACUCCAGAACCUACCGUACCCCAGACCUUCCGGGCCUCAGACCACUGGACCCCCAGAACCUACUGGACCCCAGAACUUCUGGGCCUCAGACCACUGGACCCCCAGAACCUACUGGACCCCAGAACUUCUGGGCCUCAGACCACUGGACCCCAGAACCUACCCAGACCCCAGAACCUACCAGACCCCAGAACCUACCAGACCCCAGAACCCACCGGACCCCAGAACCCACUGACCCCAGAACCUACCAGACCCCAGAACCCUGACCCCAGAACCUACUGGACCCCAGAACCUACCACCUUCCGGGCCUCAGACCACUGGACCCCAGAACCUACCGACUCCAGAACCUACCGUACCCCAGACCUUCCGGCCCUGACCACUGACCCCAGAACCCACUGGACCCCAGAACUUCUGGGCCUCAGACCACUGGACCCCAGAACCUACUUGACCCCAGAACUUGGGCCUCAGACCACUGGACCCCAGAACCUACCAGACCCCAGAACCACCAGACCAGAACCACCAGACCCCAGAACCUACUGGACCCCAGAACCCACGGACCAGAACCCACUGGACCCCAGAACCUACCGGACCCCAGAACCUACUGGACCCCAGAACCUACUGGACCCCAGAACCUACCGGACCCCAGAACCCACCAACCCCUGA